AUGCUACUGUCAAUACCUGGGAAAGUGCUUUGUGGAAUAUUGGCAGAUAGAAUAAGACCAGAAAUAGAGAAAGUUUUACGUGAAGAACAAGCCGGCUUUAGACCAAAUAGAGGGUGUAGCGAUCAAAUUUUCACCCUAAGAAGAAUUAUAGAAAAAUCAAGAUAUGGUAUUAUUUUGAAUUUUAUUGACUUUGAAAAAGCAUUUGAUUCAGUACCUCAGGAGGCAUUAUGGGAAAUUCUAAAGUCUUACGGUAUACCAACAAAAAUCAUAGAAAUCAUCAAAAGCUUAUAUGAAGAUGCUGAGUCGUGUGUGAAAGUAAAUGAAGAAGCGAAUACUGCAUGGUUUAAGAUCAAGACGGGAGUUACACAAGGAUGUAUUCUUUCACCUUUACUGUUUAUUAUUGCGAUUGAUUGGGUACUUCAAAAAGCUCUGAAAGAUCAAAAGUUAGGAAUUAAAUUGAAUUAUAAACAGGAAAUAGAAGAUCAACGACUACGUUGCUUCGGGCAUCUAAUAAAAUUGGACAGGGAUACGCUCGCUAAACAGAUAUUACAAUGGAAACCACAAGCAGGAGAAACAAGAAUGGAAAGACCACCAACAUCAUGGAAAGAAACAAUUACUAGAGACUUAAAGGAAAUGGGGUUGAUUUACGAUAAAGCUAUACAAUCGGCAAGAAACAAAAACGAAUGGGAUGCAUUUUCAUUGCCCAUUGCACCAAAUGGUGACUGGUCAAAUAGACAGAUAGCUAGAUAUGUAGUAUUUCCAAGCUAG